AUGCCUUCCUCUGAUAUCAAUGCCUUUCAUGACCUCUUGCGUUCCUCCAAGAAUAUUAUAGCAGUGGCAGGAGCAGGUCUCUCUGCUGCCUCGGGGAUACCCACCUUCAGAGGUGCUGGAGGAAUGUGGAGAAAGUACAACGCCAUGUCUCUUGCAACCCCAGAAGGUUUUAGCAAAAACCCAUCUCUCGUAUGGCAAUUCUACCACUAUCGAAGAGAGGCCGCUUUGAAAGCUCAACCAAAUCCUGCCCAUAUCGCCCUCUCUUCAUUCUCUCUCCCUUCUAUCAGGCAUCAGAUCGCCCCAGAAUCCACCUUUACCCUCAUCACCCAAAAUGUUGACGGGUUGAGUCCCCCCGCUGCCGAUGAGCAGCCACGUCUCAUUGAGAUACAUGGCAGGCUCUUUGACGUCUUGUGCACUUCCCGCGACUGCGAUCAUGUUGAAUUCAACACCAGUUCACCCAUCUGUGAAGGUCUCGCCGGAACGGAAGCUCACGUAGCAGCAGGAGACCUCGACCCAGAAAUUCCCAUCACUUCUCUUCCACGCUGCGCCAAGUGUGGUUCUCUCGCUCGACCGGGUGUAGUAUGGUUCGGUGAAAUGCCACAUAAACUGGACGAGAUUGACGAAAUUGCUGCAAAGGCCGAUCUUUGCUUAGUGGUUGGAACAUCCUCCACGGCAAGACCUUCGACUUGUUACGCAGCGGAAGUUCAAGACCGAGGUGGAAAAGUAGCUGUCUUCAACUUGGACCGAAGCAAAGGAGAUCGCGACGCCGACUAUCUCUUCUUGGGUCCAUGUGAAGAGACCUUACCUCGAGCGUUGGGCCUCACAAACUAG